GUUUUGGUUUAUAUUUUCGAGAACUUAUGUCGUUUAACGACUGUCGCUUUGCUGCUAAUUCCCUUCUCUUCGUUGUUUUAAUUAAUUUAAUCUUCGCUAUCGUGCAAUUUGUUAUGUCGUGUAAACCAAUAAAAAAAUCUGUUUUCAAAGGUACGUUUAGUGUGCCAUAAACCCCUAUUAAAUAUGUCGCUUUUUACUCGUAUGUAGAGAAGAACGCAUCGACACAGUAUAUAUGAUGGUAGCUUCACCAUUAGGCAUUCUGUGUGCGACAGAUUGCAAUUAGAAACACACACGCCAGAUGUUUACGUGUUUAUUACUGCCUGCUGUUUUACUUGAUGUAAACACAAUAUCGGUAACUUCGUUUCUUUGUUGUGCAAGAGUCAUAAAAGGCAUUGUUCGCUGACAGAGAGCACUGUGUCGUAAUAAUAUCAACAAAAAGUUUCAAUAUUAGCAGAGGUUUGCAAGCCAGUCCAGUUUGACAGAACAAUGAUCAUUGUGAGCUGUAAUGCAGUGUGUUUGUGAUAAAAUAAAGAGGAUGUGACGUCACAGUAUCCUCUAUUAUGUGUAAACAAAGGAUAUUUUUCAGCAAUAAUUGAUAUUAAGUUGUACCAUGGUUGAGCAGUUUCAACUUUUGUCUCAAAACGAAGACCAAGACAAUGCAACCACACAAGCUAAUGACGUAGACAGCAUGACGUCACCAAAUCAUGACGUCACGGAGCAGCACGAAACUAGGAAUGGCGGCACAACGAGUCCGAGCGUAACUUUCAGCAACGGAUUUUUGUUUGAUGACGUAUUAGGCAGCCGUGAUGUGAUGUCAUCACCUACUGCGUCACGAAUGACGUUGGGCUUCGGUUCCUUAGACAUUGUGAUGGCGAACGACAAGACAAGGUCGCCUCAACACGUCACUAAGGAGGAUGGUGGAAGCGUCAUACCCGAGAAACCACAACGAUGGGGGUGGGUUGUGGUGGUCGCUUCAUGGGUUGUCAUGAUACCAAUAGCGGGGGUGCUGGCGAGUUUCGGGAACAUCGUGUCUUCGCUCACAGAGGAGUUCAACGCUACAAAGCUAGAAGCAGGUUGGAUUGGAUCUCUUGCCUUCAGCUUCACUGUUGGCACCUGUCCCCUCAGCACCCCCCUAAUGACUGUAUAUGGAGCAAGGAAGGUGGGGUUUGUGGGCGUGGUGGGAGCGUCGAUAAGUGUCUUUGUGACAUCAUUUACACCUGUAUUACACCUCAUGUUUCUUACCUACAGUGCCAUGCUGGGAAUAUUUGCCAACUUUGUCUACAACACUGCCAUGAAUCUAACUGGCCAAUACUUCCCCAACAAACACCAAGCUUUGGCAACUUGUCUUGCAUCUGCUGGGGUUUCAUUCGGCACCCUCCUAAUCAACCCCCUCACUGAAUACUUGAUACGCAUCAUUGGUUGGAGGCAUACCCUCAAAGUUAUGUCUGGUAUGAUAGCAGUGGUGGGCGGGGUGUGCGUCGCAACGUUUAAACCAGUGAAGACACAAGAGCAGAAGUUACAAACCAAGAUACGAAAGGCUGUGAAGCAAGGCAAGGAAGCGACAGCAGAAGCGCUGAUUGAAAAGAAAGUCGGAUCUUUGUCAAGAGUUGACAUAGAAGCUGUGACGGAAUCGAUCCAACACAUGCACACAGAGAGUCGUAUGAGUUUGGCCGCACAGGAAAUUAAGAAGAAUGUGAUGGACAAGAGCGUGUGGGAUUGUUCCUUCUGUAGCAACCCUGCGUUUAUAUUAUGGAUGUUGGGGACUUUGUUCUGGAGCAUCUCAUUUCUCUUCCCAUUCAUUUUCCUGAUUGAUUACAUGGGAACAAUUGGAAUAACUGGCAGUUCAUCAGCGUGGGUGCUUACAGCUUAUGGAAUAGCAGAGUUUGGUGGAAGGUUACUGUGUGCGCUGACAGCUGGAAAGAUUAAGUUCAGCCUUGCCUAUGUGUACGCUGCCAGCGCUGCGUUUGUGGGGGUGGCUACUAUACUUGCCCCACAGGGAAAAACACUGGGAGUAAUGUACGCGUACGCAAUAUCUGCCGGAAUCAACUCUGGAAUCCUAAACUCGUUGAUGUAUGUGACAACAAUGCAAUUGUUUGGUAAUGAAAAGGGGAGGCAUGUGUGGGGUUACAUCAAUGUUAUGCUGGCUUUAGGCAUGGUCACUGGCCCAGUAGCAGCAGGGGGAAUAUACGAUGCAACAAAAUCGUAUUCCACUUCAUUUUACAUGGGUGGUGGAUUAUUUAUAUUAUGUUCCAUUGUCAUGCUACUUAUCCCAAUCUCGUUGCGACAUUUCCCACAAAAUGAAGAACCUGAGCAACAAGUUGUCAAAAUGAAGCCACCCCGCCCCCCACACCCUACCACCGGGUCCAUCGUAAAACCAGGCGCCUUGCGGAGGCUAGCUCAACACCAGGCGGCGAUAAAGAGCUCAAAAUCGAAAUGGAACGGGGAGGUUGAGGAACAUCUUCAAGCGUUGGAUGAAAUUGAAGAAGAAGUGAACCGGAACAGUCAUGUGACAGAGACCGACCAAUCAGAAGGGGCAAAAGAUCCUUUGGUUUGAAAUUAAAAAAAAAUGUUUAAAGUUUUAAAAAAAUCGUAAUUGUGACAACAAAUGGAUAUUUAUGAUGGAACAAUCAAACUUUCGUGUGAAGUUCGAUUGUGAUGCAAUCAAUGGAAGUAACACUGUAAGAGUGUGAUGUCAUAAUACACAAGACAAAGCAUACACAAUGUACAUAAGUCCUAAUGGUACGGCAAAAAAACAAGAUUAAAUCGCCAUUGACACAUUGCUGCUUUUGCUAGGGUGAAGACAGUUUCACAAACUUGCUGUAUUUAUUAUUUUUUUAAAAACGAAAUUCAUGCAUUUUUUGUGAAGUAACUUAGUUUUUUCAAAAUUAGAAUUUUUUAAUGCUUUGGUUAAAGAAAAUUAAUACAUUCUUGAAUGUUUUGAUUUUCGGUAAAAUUAUUAAGCUUUGUGGGAUAAGUUAACACCUAAAAUUUUUUUGUGCCGAUUUGUUGAAGAUUUUAACGUACUGCUUCUUUAAGAGUCUUGCAUCAAAUAAAUUCCAAGAAAAA